AUGAGACUUCUUCUGCAGUUGGCUUUAAUAGCUGCCAGCCUUCUCCUUACUAGUGGUAUGCAACCUCUGGGGAAAGGCUACAACAGUCACUGCCUGUGUGUGAAGUUAGAGUCACGAAUGAUCCCUCCACACAGCCUGCGAAGUGUAGAGAUUUUACCCAAAGGCCCUCACUGCAAGAACACAGAGGUCAUUGCUGGAUUGGUGAGUGGAGAAAAAAUCUGCCUGAAUCAUCAGACCCCGUGGGUUAAAAAGCUGAUUAAAUUCAUUGAGAAGAAAGAGAAAAACUCCCUGAAAACUAAAGGACAAUAA